CCUCCCGUCACCAGCAUGAGCCAGACUCCAGACGGACCCCUGUCGACCGCUAGCGAAGGCGCCGCCAGCGUCAGCUCCGUGUGCCUUGAGGAGGACACUACAAACGCCGAAAUCGCGUGGCUGCGGCGCUGUCUGCCCAUCUUCGUCCAGCCAGACGUGGACAUUAAGAACCGCAAUGAUCUGGUCAAAGUAUUCUACCGCUUCGAGCGCGACGAUCAGUCUGGACAAUUAUUCUGCAAGCUUUGCAUCGUAUUUGCCGGUGAGUCCAGCUACAAUCGCGUACAGGAAGAGAUCGAGAACUCGCUAGCCACGCUCUGCUACCGCACCUUUAACCGGCGGACGUACAAGCGCACGGCCGACAUCAACUACAUGGAGUUCCGCAAAGUCGACCUGGACCCGGACGCUGCCAUGCCCUGGGGCUCCAUUUUCUCGCAGGACCACGGCGGCAAGCAACAAUGGGCACAGGGCGAGAAGAAGAACCUCGGCAACUGGUUCUCGCUCAUGCAUCACUAUCAGGUGGAGGUCAAGUGCUCAGACUGGAAACUGCACCCGCAGAUGCACCGCCCGUACAUCUACCUCAAUACGUGCAACCACAUGAUCGGCGAGAAGGACAACAACCCCAAGCUCAGCAAGUUCAACUGGAUCGACUACCCGUUCCAACUGGGCGACAACGAAGACGCUUUCCACUACGUCGUGGACCAUGUGCCUACCAAGCUCAACCUCUACUCGUACUUUUGCUUCUGGCGCGCUCGCAACGGCGGCGGCUGGUGCGAUCGCCACCCUGGUGGGAAGACGGUGUCACGAGACGGCAAAUCCAUCUACGUCAAGUACCCAGGCACCACAACAGGUGUGUAG